AUGGAUUUCCUUUCUAAGGAGAAGCUGAGAAGUGACAUUAAGACAACUUUUAAUGUAACAAAGGAAUUAGAUCUGUCAGGGUAUUGUUUGCGUGAAUUGCCUGAAGGUGUGCUGGAAUUCACUGAGUUGGAGGAACUUGACCUGUCAUGGAAUGAACUUAAAACAAUACCAGAAAAUAUUGCAGGAUUAAACAACAUUACCAGAAUUCAUCUGAGUGGAAACCAGCUGUCCAUAUUCCCUGCAAGUUUGACACAGCUGAAGAAACUCACAAGGCUGGACAUUACAUAUAACAAACUAACCGCCAUCCCUGAUGCUAUUGGUGAGAUGGUGGAACUGGAGACACUGGAUCUCAGUCACAACCAGUUGACUGUGUUGAGUCCAGCUAUAAAACAGCUGAAGAAACUCAAAUGGCUGUACAUCUCAUUUAACAAACUAACCACCGUCCCUGAUGCUAUCAGUGAGAUGGUGGAACUGGAGGAACUUCAUCUGAGUUACAACCAGUUGACUGUGUUGAGUCCAGUUAUAAAACAGCUGAAGAAACUCAAAUGGCUAAACAUCCCACAUAACAAACUAACCACCAUCCCUGAUGCUAUUGGUGAGAUGGUGGAAAUGGAGGGACUGAAUCUGAGUUACAACCAGUUGACUGUGUUGAGUCCAGCUAUAAAACAGCUUAAGAAACUCAAAAUGUUGUUUGUGAGUGGGAAUCCUUUUAUAGUUGAAGGAAUAAGAAGUGUUAUGGAGCUAGAGGAUACAUGUAAGAUUGACACUUUUUUUUCAGAUAUCCAAGGUGAGUAAAGGAAAUAUCUGUUCAUAUUUAUGUUGUGACAUGUGCAUUUACUAAAUUGGUUUUAAUGUUUGACUUCCAAGUGGUUAUUCUGCUUGUUACUGAUUAUUUCAGAAAGUAAACAAUAUUUACACAGUAAAGCCUUAGAAGAAUAUGAAGUAAAUAGUAUUACAGUUACUGUAUAAUAAUUCAAUAAUAAUUCAAUAAUAAUUCAACAAAGUUGGCAUCACUUAAGAAGUACAUGACACUUGUAUCGGAAGUUUUUGUUCAAUAUUGAAAAGCUUUGUGUAAACAUUUUGGCUGACUUUGAAUUUAAGUUCAUUUGUAAGGAAAUAUGAUAUGAUUGGAAAUCAAGGGGUGAAUGUUAUUACAAAUCAUUCUAUGCAGUUAGGGAUUAUUGUUUUGAGUUUUGCUUUAUCUUUUACUGGAAUAACAAAAGGAUAAAAUGUAUCCCAAGUCAUUUCACUGUUAGGAAUUGUUGUUUUAUUUUUGCUUUCUAUUUGAUUAAUUGGAAGUGUUCAAAUAGGGAAUAACUUUUGACUAAUCAAACAAAAUUUAUAAACCAAUGCAAUUUGUGAAUUAAGUCACAGGAAUAACACUUAAAUAUAAUUUUAUUUUAAGUGUGACUGAAUUCUGAUUAUUAUUUCUGCAUAAUUUACAUUGGUCUGUUUUGCAUAAUCUUUUUUAAACUUACUUUCAUUACCUUUUGGGAAUAUGGGCUAUUUCUUUUUUUCUUUUUUUUUACAAACAAUUAAUUGGUUAUUGAUUCCUCACUACUCGGCAGAAUUGAUUUAAUAAGUCAUUGCCUCGAUCUCUCAUGUGUGAUCAGUCGCAAGUGGUUCUAAUUUUUAAUGUUGGGUCAGUUUAGUGUGUAUAUUCACCAAACUCAUCUCUACAUUUUAUGCCAGAAGAAUUAUUUGAUUCACUGUUUAACAUUUAUGUAAGAGUGGAAUAAAUGUGUGUUCCAAACUCACUGAUGCAUUAACAUCAGAAAAUAAAAAAAUUUUGAUGGUUCAGUUUUUAUAUACCAGCCUUAAACUCCAACAUUAUUCAUGUUAGGCAUUUAUAGUAGUUGAUUUGUCAACUUUUACAUUUUCUUUUCAACUAUGUUGUACAAAUUUAUCAAUGCAUAAAUUGCUUUUUUUCUUUGUGUUGUGAAAACUUUUUAUAAUUAGGCCAAAUAGCAGACAGACCUAAAGAAGCACAGCUGGCUUAUGAAAGGGCUUUGAAAGAUGGAUAUGUCACAGUUUACCGAAGUAGAAUAUUACUCAUUGGUCAGGAUCGAGCUGGUAAAACCAGUUUAAAGAAGAGUCUCCUUGGCCUUCCAUUUAACUCUAAAGAACAGAGUACUAAGGGGAUUGAAGUGGAUCCUUCAAAGUGUGAAAUUGAUGUUGACCAAGCUGCAAGGAACUGGCAGUCCAUUGGUGAGAAUAAACCUGGCCUGUUGGAAUGUUCCAAAGAUGUGGCAAAGAUUGUUGUAGAGAAAAUUUUUGUACAAGAUGAUUUUGCUAGAAAAAUGACUAUACAAGUAAAAUGUUUAGAAGAAGAUACAGAUGAAAGUUUAAAAGAAGAUUUUGAAAAAGAUGCAGCUCACAUUUCACCUGCAGAUUUUGAAGAGAAAGCUUUUGAUGCUUACAGAGAUGGCAGAAAGAAGGUGAUGUCAGAAUUGUACAAAUGUUCUUCGUAUACAUGUUUAAGGCAGCUUCUUAAUGACAGUAUAGUUUUAAAUGUUAAAUGUCAAAUGAAGAUUAUGCAAACCUUAAAGUGAAGCUAAAAUUAAAACUGUUCAACUUUUUUAAUUGAUUUUUCAAUGUGUGCAAUGGUCUUAGCCAAAAAGCAGGGAACUGUUUAUAGUCUAAACAAUAAUUUCCCUCCCAGUACAUGAACUGUUAUUUUAAUUAUCUUAUUUACAUAAAACUUUGGUAUAAUUAUUUUAAAUGUGUUAUUAGUUUGCUGCCUAAACUGAAUCAUUAUGGUUCUUGAAGUAAUUAAUUGCACCUCAUUGGAUACUUUACCCAGGUUGAGGAUAAAGGAGAUUACCCAUCAGUAGAUGCUAUGCACAACAUUAGCAUUGAACACUCAAUGGACUGCAUCUUAGAUGAGCCCAAGGUAGUUAUUGAUGUUACUCAACCCCCUGAUACCGUGAAGCAUGUUCAUCAGUGGUUGAAGUAUGUCCAAGGCAAAGACAUCAAAAGUGGUUUAUUGAAAGAAGAAUCCUAUGCUAUAAUGGAUAUUUGGGACUUUGCAGGGCAGCACCUGUACUAUGCCAGUCAUCCUAUCUUCUUCUCACAGCAAGCACUGUACAUAUUGAUCCACAAUCUCAGCAAGCCUUUAGAUGCUGCAGCUGAGCCCUGCAUGAGACAAGGGAGUAAUGAGGUGAAAUUGGAAAACCCUAACAAUGAAACAAACAUGGAGAAUUUGCUGUCAUGGCUGGCCACAGUACACGGUGUUGCCCUGGCAACUGAUGACACAGUUAAUGAUGCACAACAUAAGCUGCCCUACCUCCGUCCUCCAGUGUUUAUUGUUGGAACACAUGCUGACAAACCAGUUGAAGACAUAACAAUAAUAAAGAAACAAAUACAAGAGAGAAUUUCUGGUAUGGAAUAUGAGAAGCAUGUGGUCAGACCCUUAUUCUGCAUUGACAACACUCAGAGACCAAACUUGAUAAAGAAAUUUAUCCAGAUGAUUGGAAAGCAGACAGAAAAACAUAAAACAGGUAAGAUAUUUGAUGUCAUAUCAUAUCCUUCACAAUGUGUUACUUGCAGUAAUUGAUGGUUUUAUAUUUGCUCAUCAGCUUGUCUUUGUGUCAUUUCCUAUAACACCUAAUUUGUGGCCAUUUUUUUAAACAAAAGCCCAUUUAGUGGAUGUUUGGCAAGCAUUGAGCAUACAAUAAUUAUUAUCUGACUGAAAUUUACAUGUCACCCAGCAGUUGUGUUGUAUUUAGUUAUAACUUUUUCUGGUGGGUAGACACAGAAUGUUUAAGUGGGAGUGAUAAGGGAAGAAUGCUGCCCUAAUUGAAUGAGUUCAGGCUCAUAGUAGAAGCUUGUUAGAGUUGUUGUUGUUUUUUUUUAUUGGCUGCAAUCUUUUAAGGCUUCAUCUACUUUAUGUACCAGCAUCACCAUAUUGGGACCUAUAAAUUUUUGCUGGCAGAUCCAUUCAUUUCAGAGUUUGAAGUAAGGAACAAAAGAUGAUUUGGAGAGUUGAAGAGUUUUAUCAUCUUAGCUAUGUUGUCAGUUAUAAAAUAUCUGCAAUCACACAUGUAUGAUACAAACUAUGCUCAUUGUGAGCAUAUGUUUCUGUGUUACAUUAUGGUUUGAAUUCAUUUUCUAAACAUAUUCAGCAAGGGAAGAAGGAAAAGCAGAUGGAAUAAAUGAAUUGCAGAACAAAAUCUUGGAGGUGUUGGGGCAGGAGCCCUAUAUGGGGGAGAAAAUACCUGUCAGGUAAACAAAAAUAAUAUUUUAUUUGGCAAACCUCAUUUCAUGGACUUCAGGAUCAAUGUUGUAUUGAAACAAGCAUGGAAAGUUCUUCAAAUAGCAAGCUGUGUUUUCAGCAUAACUGUAUUUGCAUAUCAAUGUAUAUGAACAUAAAAAUUUCAUACCUCCACUAAUUUGAAGUUUGUCAAAAUUCUUAAAACAUUAGACUACACAAAUACACAGCAGUCAUUUAAGUGUUAUGACACUAUGACAAUAUUGUAUUUUUAAAAGGGCAUGAAUGUCUCAUGGAUAUUUGAGAAGGCAGAGCUCUUUGAAUUGAGAUUGUUUAGGAGAAAAACAUAGCCAUAUUUGAAUUUUCCUAAAAUUUUGAGAAGCUAGACCAAGGAAAUAGAUGAAUAACACCAUUUGGCAGAAAUGAAUAUCCAAUUUUAAACCCUAAUACAUUUCAUGUGUUCUGUUUUCUUCUAGAUGGUUUUUGUUUGAAAAGGUGAUUGAAGCUUUGGUGGCUAAACAGAUUUAUCACAGGAAUCUGCAACAACUCGAGCACUAUGCAAGGAAAGAUUGUUUCAUGGAAGAUGCAAAAGAGUUUGAGUCCAUGAUCAGUUUUUACCAUGGUUUGGGCAUGAUAAUCAAACACGGCAGUACAGUUGUACUGAAGGUCCAGUGGCUGAUUGAUCUGUUCAAACAGCUGAUAACCAUUCCACCUUUCAAUAACCAGGUAAGAAAAAUUUUUCAUUUUCAAAAAAAGCCUUACUUGGAAAAUGUUGUUCAAUAAUUUAGACCAACAGAAAAUGAGAAUGAUACUUUUUCUUUGAAUAAAUAGGCAACAGCUGUGACUCUUUGCUCUUUAUAAUAAUUAAUGUUGACCCUAAGCUAUUUCAUGUAUCUUUUGCAACUGUUCACGUCAUAAAUUGAUUUGCCUUUUUCCUUUACCAGAAACUGGCAUUGACUUGCCACUGCUUACAAUGAUUGUAUUCAGACAAAUGAAUAGUUCUUUUCACUUGUGCUACUUGGCUUCUGGGGUGGUGAAUAACAACUAAAAAUAAACAAAAUUGCUUAUUCAGAGUGUAAUUUCCGAGCAUUUCAGUACAUUGAUGUAAAUAAACUUCUUUUAGUUCUUGAACAUUUACGUGGAAAACAUUUACAACAUUUAGUGGACUUCUCUUAUCUGGAAUUGCUGUUAUUCCUAUAUUUUGUAGAUUCCCUUACAUGCUAAGUACUGGCGUGAACUUGAAGGAAGUGGCAUCCUUAGCAUGGAAUAUGUUAAUCAUGUGUUCUCCACCUUUAUUGGACAAGAAAUCUUUAAAGAAGACAUUCUGGACAUGAUGGAGCAAUUUGGUUUGAUCGCUAAGUACUCAGUUUCCCCAACUGACGAGAAGUACUUUGUACCAGCUCAGUUGAAAGCAUCGCCUGUAGAACUCUGUAAGAUGACACCAUCAUCAACUGAUCCAUGUCCAUUGUAUCUCCUCUUUGUCCAUGGCUUUGUCCCUCAUGGUCUCUUCUUGCAGCUUGUCUCGCGAUCCAUUCGUUGGUGUUCAAAGACAUGGGCCACACAUCAACCGAGGCUGUACCAAAAUGGAGCAUGGUUCAUCAUUGGGAAAGAUAUUCAUGAUUUUGUCCUCAUAUGCAAAACAGGAUUUGUGAAGGUGAUCUUGAGACAAAAAAGAGCACAAAGUCAUCAGGUUGUAGGGCAGAACUCCGUCGCACUAGCAACUCGUGUUCGUGAAUUUCUUGAAGACACCCUAAAGAAUUUGUCAGGAGAAAUGCCCUACCUGAGGGGACUGCAGUAUAGGGUGUGUUGCAUGUCCUAA